CAGCCGCUUCUCCCGCCCGGCGGGAUGACGUAGUGCUUUCUUUUUCGCUCGGUCUGCCGCUCCGGACCGAGACCUGCCGAGCUGCGGAGCUAUCGCUUCUGGCUCUGCGAGUUGCGGCUCUCAGCGAGAUUUCGCGCUGCCUGCCCUCCGCCAUUCCGUUGCUAAUCGGUACCGGAUCACUUUCCUAAGAGCCGGAAAAAACAGAGGAAUAAAGAGACUGAAUAAGACUCUCGGCGCCCGGCCGUCUUGCUCUGAGUGGCUUCCCCUUCCGUUAGCUCCUGUCCGGAGAAGCUAGGUUUAUAAUCGUCACUGGAUUGUAAGUACCCAAGGCGAAGAGAGCUCACUGCGCCCCGGUUUUUGAAUAUCUUUGUUCCGUGAGAGAGUGUGGAUUGGGACUGUCUGCUGGGCCUUACUUACUGUGUCGAAAAUCAUUCCGCAGAAGCCGCCAUUUGCUUUCCGGCUAGCUAGCUCCCUCUGCAUUGUCCGGCAGCGGCAUCUGGAGGCUGAAACUUGCAUUGCAGCUAAUAGAUUAAAACGCACCUAACUGGUUCUUUGUCACGACAAAUUCAUAUAGACUUGGGCCUUGAUUCAACAUUAAGACAAAAUAGACGCUUAGCUCCUGUUCUGCUUAAAACUCUUUGCACUUAAGAUUUCAGCUCAUAACAAACUGGUCGUUCUAACUGUUGGAACUUUUUAGUGCAACAAGUGAUUGUCAGAAAAGUGAAUCUCAAAGAAGUAAAGAUGAGUAAGAGCAAAGAUGAUGCUCCUCACGAACUAGAGAGCCAGUUUAUCUUACGGCUACCUCCAGAAUAUGCCUCUACUGUGAGGCGGGCAGUACAGUCUGGUCAUGUCAACCUGAAGGACAGACUGACAAUUGAGUUACACCCUGAUGGACGUCAUGGAAUCGUCAGAGUGGACCGGGUCCCAUUGGCCUCAAAAUUGGUAGAUCUUCCGUGUGUUAUGGAAAGUCUGAAAACCAUUGAUAAGAAAACUUUUUACAAGACAGCUGAUAUAUGUCAGAUGCUUGUCUCCACAGUCGAUGGUGAUCUCUAUCCUCCUGUGGAAGAACCAGUUGCUACUACUGAUCCCAAAGCAAGCAAGAAAAAGGAUAAGGACAAAGAGAAAAAGUUUAUAUGGAACCAUGGAAUUACUCUGCCUCUUAAAAAUGUCAGAAAGAGACGGUUCCGGAAGACAGCAAAGAAGAAGUAUAUUGAAUCUCCAGAUGUGGAGAAAGAAGUGAAGCGGUUGCUGAGUACAGAUGCUGAAGCUGUGAGUACUCGUUGGGAAAUAAUUGCUGAAGAUGAAACAAAAGAAACAGAAAAUCAGGGCCUUGAUAUUUCUUCUCCAGGAAUGUCUGGUCACAGGCAGGGCCAUGACUCAUUAGAACAUGAUGAGCUUCGGGAGAUAUUCAAUGACCUCAGCAGCAGCAGUGAAGAUGAAGAUGAGACCCAGCAUCAAGAUGAAGAAGAUAUAAACAUCAUUGACACCGAGGAAGAUUUGGAAAGACAGCUACAGGACAAGUUGAAUGAAUCAGAUGAACAGCACCAAGAAAAUGAGGGAACCAAUCAGCUGGUCAUGGGAAUUCAGAAACAGAUUGAUAAUAUGAAAGGCAAACUCCAAGAGACCCAGGAUAGGGCAAAACGACAGGAGGAUCUCAUUAUGAAAGUCGAAAACCUGGCUCUCAAGAACAGAUUUCAGGCUGUGCUGGAUGAACUCAAACAAAAGGAAGACCGAGAAAAGGAGCAGCUCAGCUCUUUGCAAGAAGAGCUAGAAUCACUCCUAGAGAAGUGAGAAGAGUUCUCAUACUUAAUUUCAUUCCUUAGAUUGCUCACCAUUGAAAGAAUAAUUUUGGCUUCAUCACCUGGACUAGAUGUAACUUUAUAGUAGUUCCCAUUUUCCCCACUGUUUGUUGCUGAAUUUGUCUUACAGACAAAUAUAAAUGUGAAUUGCUAUCUUGUUUGUCAUAACCACUUUGUUAGGUGUUUAUUCUUUAGGAAGUAGGAAUGUGUACACAGAUAAAUGAUUGUAGGAAAAUUGUAGGAUUAGUGGAAUGAACAGUUCAACCUUAGUAAUCACACCUUGACUGCAGGACUUUGCUGCUGUUUCUCAUUUGCCAGAAGUGGCUGUUGCUUCUCUCUAAUGCCAUCUGAGAGCAAUAAGAUACAGAGUCUAGUCUGCAGGCAGUGAAACUAGUUUCAUAUGUUUUCCCAUGCAGUGGUAGCUAUUUUCCCAGCUGCUGAAAGCAUUUGUCCCCAUGUAGAGUUGCAAAUCAUUUCAUAAAGUUGUUUUAACAGUAAAUAAAAGUAACUAAUUUUCACCUCA